AUGCAUACCAUGAACAGACCGGCCGGCCGCGUGUCAGCCUUCACCCUGGCCUUCACAUUCCUCACGAGAUGUUCGACAGUUACAGUCCCUACGGAUGCCUUUGAUGCGUUGGAGCACGACGAGGUGGACAUCAGUCCUGCGGGCACGGUCUCUCGAAGGAAGUCGCUUCUUCGCACCGAAAAGCUUGCUGCAGGUCUGCUAGAUGGAGGUGAUCUGGGCGUUGAUGCUCUUGGAGAGGUGGAGACCGCCGAGCCGUUUUCCUUGCCGGCGCUGGAGGAGCAGGAGCAGGAGCCUGCUCCCUUCACUCAGCAGCAGCCGCUGGCAUCGCAGGAGGUCUCGGGCGUUCCGAAUCAGAGUGAGCCACAGGCGGCUUCAGACGGCCAGAUGGUGGCUGCUUUAGGUUUCGAUCCGAUGCAAGAUACCAUCGACAGCAUCAUCAGCGACUUGAUGCCUUACAAGCAGGAGUUGUUGAAGAUGAACUCCACCAUGGAAUCCCAGCGGCUCAACAAGACAAAUCCGGAGCAGCUCAAAGAGGAGGAGAAGCUCCGCAAGCGUCGGGAGCAGCUGCAGCGCGAGUCACAGUGCUGGAAGGAUUGCAAGGGCUGCCAUUUCAAGGAGGCCCAAGCGAUUGACGAGUGUCUUCCCAGUCUGGAUGAUGCCAAGAUCGAAUGUGCGGAACGAGUCGACUGCAAGGGCAUCGCGACACAACGGGAGGUCUGCAACGGUACUUGGACGAUGCAGCUGGGGGAUUCGGCGGAGACCGUAGAAGUUGUUGACGGCUUCGAGACAUGGAAGAUGGAGGCGCUGGUCUUGAACCAGCAGUGCCUUCAGGACAUUCGCACUGCCAACAUGUCCAAGUACGUCAUUUCGUUGGAGAACAAGUCCUGGGUUGAGGCAGAGAGGGCCUGCGCUGAUGAGGGUCUGCAGUUGGCCACCCCUCGCAGCAAGGAGGACAUCAAGGCGCUGAACGCUGCCAUGAAGCUCCAUGGAGCUGAGAAGGUCCAGAUCGGCCUCCGCCGUGACGUUCAGUACGGGGAGGGCUACUGGACGGAUCCCAAAGCAUUCUACUGGGUGGACGGCGAAAAGCUCGAUGCUGACUGGCCCGGCUGGGGCGGAUAUGGCUUUACAGCUGACUCCCUGGAGGUGCCGGAGAAGCAGCCGCAUUGGGUUCCCUUUCUAGAAGGCUGUUGCUAUAUCGGCUACUUUCAGACCAUCGAUGAGGAUGGGACGAAAGGUGCAGCAGACACGACCUGCGAGCACUUUCAGAUCCCUUAUGCCUGUGAGCCCAUCCAGGAGCGACAAGUGCGAGAAACGGUCACGACCACAACCUCCACGGCAGCCCCUCUCCACUUUGGCCUGGCGCUCACCGGAUCGGGGCAGUGCCCAGAUGGCCUCGGGGUCUCGGCGGUGCCGCUCUCCCGCUGCCAGGAAGCAGCGGCCAAGGCGAUUCUACCUCCCGGCGCCAAACGAGGCCGCACAGCGCUGCAAGCUGGGUACAACGUGGGCUCAAAGGACCCGGCGCAGCCCUGGCUCGGAGCGCCGACGGGUUGCUCCCUGCACUCGGCCGGGGAUUGGGCGCCGGUCUUCAAUAUGGGGCGAGGCGUCAACAACGGCGAGUACACUCCGCUGUGUGAGCAGCCGAUGCCCACAGAGUCCACCAUCGCGGAGGGCAUCGAGGUAGUGGAGACAGCGUUUCCCUACGAUCGCUCGGGAAAGUACUUCAAUUUCCCAGAGCAGGAGUGGGAGGAAAAGACCGGCAGAGAUCUGUCCCCGCAUGGCACAACGCAGUCCAUCAGCCAGUUCCGGAACCUCUUCCCAGUCUGGUCUGGCAUUGUCAGAGUCUGGAAGAACAUGCUCGGAGUUCAUGGCCGUCGCGAGUUUGGUGCAAAGCCAGACCAGUGGCAUCGGGGAGAUAUCAUCAAGGUUGGCAUCAUGUGCCCUUCCGGAUUCUCGUUGAUUCCUCAUGACUUGGAUGGUCCGGACGCAAUGCACUUUGAGACGACGUCGCUUGAAGGCUGCGCCGAGAAGUGCAAAGAGCAGGUGAAGUGUUCUUCCUUCGAGUUCUCGCACUCGGAGACGGCUUGCAAUACCUUUUCCCUCGGCCUGGAGAACCUUCGGACGUUCAGUUUCCGCCCCAACGAGUGGAUCUCUUGUGUCCGGGCAGAUCUGGUCGGCUCGGAGGCUUUUGAGACCAUGAAGGCAUCGACCACGACGGUCACAACAGAUCCAUUUGCGUGGAAGACGUCCAAGGGAGCCUGCAUCUCCGCCGGCAAAGGAGAAAUCAACACAGGCGUGGCCAAUGUGGGCAACAUGUCCUCAAAAGACUGCCACGAAGCGUGCCGAAACCAGGUUCGAUGUACUGCGUUUCAACUGGCAUUGACUGGUCCUGGCACUGGUGUUUGCUCCCUUCACACGGCGGCAUCCGUCACCGGCGGCACCGGCACAGAGGGAGCCAUCUGCAGCGUCAAGCCGAUGCUGGUUAGCUGCGGGCAGCAUAACAGCGAGGACUGUGCGGAAGGCUAUGCAGUGGCCGACUACCACAAGUCCAUGCUUGGCUUCUGUCAGAAGUGUAUUGCCAGCGACGGGGACUCGCUGCUCCGGGACAGGUGUCAACUCUGCUGCGAGAAGUGCCCUUUCAGCCAGGAUGCUGGAAUCCUCCCAGGACCCCUGGUCGGUGGUGAGGGCAAGACAAGUCUCGUCUGCGAGCCCAACACUUUUGAUUUGGAUGACAACGUGUCCAACGGCUGCGAGGCAGGCUGUCCGGCUGUCUUUGGGGCGAAGUGUGUCGAGUGCCCAACUCCGACAAACUGCACGCAGAUGAGCUGCAAGGACAACUACUACGACGAGGAUGGAAACAUCAGCAACGGCUGCGAGGUCCUCUGUCCCAGCGUGCACAAUGCCGUGUGCAAGCGGUGUCAAGAUAGUAUUUGCACACUUUUCGAUUGCAAGCCCGGCUUCUUCGACGGCGACUUCAACGUACGAAAUGGCUGCGAGGCACCCUGUCCGGAGGUGCCCUUCGCCGACUGCGUUCUUUGCCAGGGGCCCUGGGUCUGCAAGGACUACAAAUGCCAUGCGAAUCGGUUCGAGGUGGAUCAAAACUACUCGAACGGCUGCGAAGCGACAUGUCCUUCCCGGCCGCAUGCCUCCUGUCCCGAGUGCCACAAUCCUUUCAAGUGUGCGAAGGCGCUGAGUUGCGACAAGGACUGGUACGAUGCCGACGCGGUCGAAGAGAACGGCUGCGAAGUGUGGAAGUACCGACCAGAGUCGGCCGUGGUUUUGGCCAAGUCACCUGCUUAG